UGAAUGGAAAAGAAUCAAACAAAAUAAAGGGUGGGUCUCUCCCCCACACCACUCAUUCUAUUGAGACAAAAGAGGAUACUCACCCCCUUCCCUCUUCACCACUCGGCCACACCCUCAAGGGAAGGAGAAAAUCCCAGAAAAAUAGCAUCUUCCAUAGCCAAGGACAAGCUCAAGCUCAAGGAGGUCCAAAGGAAAGGUUUAGGGGAGGAAAAACUAGGUGGAUUAAGGAACUUGAUUAAAGUAUUUUUGAGCUUCGCCGGAGUUUUCGCCGGAGAUGGUCAAAGUUCGCCGGAGUUGGUCAAAGUUCACCGGAAAUUAGUCAAAGUUCAACCGGGGAGCGUAGAACGCGCGUGAGCUCACUUAAGGUGAGGAUGACCGACUAUAUUGCUUAUAAUCUUUGGGUUAAUUUCAUAAGAUUUCCUAAAUGAAUACACAAUGUGAUUUGCAUGAAUUAUUAAUGGUUAUUAAUGUCUAAAUGAAAUUACUAUUGAUUAUAAGUAUAGUUUGCAUAACAUACAAAUUUAUUGAAUAAAUUGUGUAUGUUUAUAUGUUAUGAAUAUGAUGGCAUGAUAGUAGUAUCAACCAUAAAUUUCAUUUGUGAUAAGUAUGCUUUUUAAUUCAUGAGAAGAAGCCAUGAAAGAAUAAAAGUGAUAUUUUGAUAUUAAGGUCAAACUACAUAUUGAAUGAAGAAUUACAUUGAAAUGAGUAAACAACUAGUAUUGAAAUAUUAGUUGGGAUUGUAGUUGAAUAAUGGAUGAAUGGAUCCUAAGAAAUUUAAUUGUAAAGAAUCGGUGAUUAUUGAGCUGGGCUCUAGACCGAUGUAGAUAACGGUGAUUAUUGAGCUGGGCUCUAGACCGUGAUAGUUAUCGGUGAUUAUUGAGCUGGGCUCUAGACCGAUGUAGAUAACGGUGAUUAUUGAGCUGGGCUCUAGACCGUAGUAGUUAUCGGUGAUUAUUGAGCUGGGCUCUAGACCGAUGUAGAUAACGGUGAUUAUUGAGCUGGGCUCUAGACCGUAGUAGUUAUCGGUGAUUAUUGAGCUGGGCUCUAGACCGAUGUAGAUGACGGUGAUUAUUGAGCUGGGCUCUAGACCGUAGUAGGUAACGGUGAUUAUUGAGCUGGGCUCUAGACCGUGGUAAUAAAUGAUGAAAUGACACUAAACGAACAAAGUCAAUCAUGAGAUAAUAAUACCCUAAAUUGAGGGUCUUGGAAAUUGAAACAUUGAUUAUACUUAGUAUAGUUGUCAUUGUACUUGUCAAAUGCUUCCAAGUACUGACCUCCCCUUCACGGGGGAGGCCACCUCACAGUUUCAGGUAGGAGCUGAGCUUGCUACCAGUGCCCGUUGCUCCGGGUGAAUUCAAGGAAGGAAGACGUGAAAUGGAACCAGUUGGAAGGAUCACUAGGAGGAACCCGACGGGCCGUGUGCCGGGUGAGUCCGAGCGCGGUAGCCGGGGGUCCUCUAGGGGAUCAAGAGGAAGAGGCCGCGGAGGCCGACAACAACGAACCGUGAGCGAUGGCCACGUCGAUACGGAAAGCGAGACCUAUUGGUCUUACGAGGACUCGACCUACCGGCCGGAAACUGAGCCGGUUGAGACCCCUUAUGAAGGGGAUGACGACGAUGUUAGUGACGAGGAGGAAAAUGGCUCCUUGGCUAGGAUUGAAGCACUGCUCCAACAAUAUCAUCGGGAGCGUGAGGAAAGGAGAGAACGCCGAAGGCGCCGUGCAGGGCCACCUUCGGGCGGGGCUCCAAGAGGGAGGAGCUACUGUGAUUCGAGGACCCAUGUAGAAGCGCAUGGGAGCCGUGGUGAUGGAGGUCCAACCAUAAGGAUCUCCAAAUACAUCAAGGAGGCGAGAGACUUGGGGUGUAAACCGUUCGAUGGGACGAGAGACAUCUCAGUUGCCGCGCAGUGGAUCAAGAGGCUGAACGAGGCAGCCCUUGACAUGCAACUCACCCCCGAUUUCAAAUUGAGAAUCGCGGUGAGGUUACUUGAAGGGUUAGCAUCCAAGUGGUGGGAUGGAACCAAGGGUAAGUAUGGCGGGACGGUUACAUGGGAGGAUUUUCGGCAAGAAUUCUUUGCCCAAUACUACUCCGACUUUGAGGUAAACGCCAAAGUGAGGGAGUACACUCUUUUGACCCAAGGGGGUAACAUGACGGUGAAAGAACUUGAGCAUAAGUUCAGGGACCUUGCCGACCACAUACCGGAGUAUGCUUGUGAUGAGAACCGAAUGGUGAAUCACUUUUGGGAGGCCUUGGACUUGGAGAUACGUGAUAGGGCGACUCAAUUGCCCAACAUGACUUUCAGCCAAGUGGUUGCCCAGGGGUUGAAGGGAGAAAAGCAAUGGGAGGAAAGGAAGAAGAGGGACGCCGAGGAGGCAAAGAAGAGGAAAUGGGAGAGCCAUGGCCCCCAAGGUUCUAAUAAGAAAGGGAACCAUGGGGGAGGAGGAUCAUUCAGGGCACCGGCACCACCGCCUAGGGGAGGCUCAGGCACGGGUGGACAAAACUCGGGCUCGCAAGCCCCAAUGAUGAUUAGGUGUAGGAACUGUAACAGGAACCAUGGGGGAAAGUGUCGCGACCCUCCUCGGUGUUAUCAAUGUGGGGACACGGGGCAUAUUAAACCAAAUUGCCCUCAACUUGGUGGGAACCGAGGGGUGGGAUCAAGCGGCGCUACCACGGCAAGUAGGAACCGAAGCGGAGCACCCCAUGCUAGUAUGGGGCAAGGGGGAGCGAGCACAAGCAACGCGCCGUCCGUGAACCAAGGAAGGACUCAAGCUAGAGUCUACGCAAUGACCGAGGCCGAUGCUCGAGCCAACCCCGACUCCGUUGCAGGUAAUCCUUUGUAACGAUUGAUAAAUUACAUGUAUUGAGUGCUAAAAGUGAUAGCGGGUUUGUACGGGCUCGCCGGGGCCGAUACCGGCCGGUUUCUUGGCAAAAGGUUGCAAAAAUAAGCUGCCCAGGGGUAAACCGGCGCCGGUCGAGGCUCAAACCGGCGCCGGUUCUAAUUAAAAAUGGCUGUUUCGGGGUCGCCGUGGGUAAACCGGCGCCGGUUUUGGGCCAUAACCGGCGCCGGUCAAGGGUCGGGGUGACUCAAACGAAUUGAAAACCAAAUUCCGGGAGACGCCGUAGCAAAACCGGCGCCGGUUUUGGCCAUAACCGGCGCCGGUCCAGGGGAAAAAGAGGUCGGAAAAUCACCGUGCUCGCAACCGGGGCCGGUUUUGAAUUUUCCGAUGUUGCCGAAGGUGAACCGGCGCCGGUUUUGGCCAUAACCGGCGCCGGUCCAGUUCAAUUUAUGUGUAUCCGGCCACUCCGACGGCAAACCGGCGCCGGUCUUGCCUAGAACCGGCGCCGGUCCAGUGUUUUUUCACCCGAAAUGUUUUGUUAAGCCCCGUUUCGAUCCGGUACGUUGGGUGGUGUGUCUUACAUGACUUAUAUAUGUAGGAACAUUAAAGAUCAAUGGUAGAAACGCAAGAAUUCUCAUUGAUACCGGGGCACAACGUUCAUUCGUGAGUGAAGCGUUUGCCGAAAGUUUAGACGUGCCGUUGAUAGUAAUGACACAACCCUUGUUGGUCUCUACACCGUUGGGAGACGAUGUGGAGAGGAAACACUACUAUCCUUCGUGUGAGGUGGAAGUGACGGGUCAACCUUUGACUUGCGACUUCGUACCUCUAAGUAUGUUAGAAUUCGAUGCAAUUCUAGGGAUGGAUUGGCUCGAGAAACAUCAUGCUCGGGUGGAUUGUUAUGCCAAGGUUUUGGAACUCGAGGGUGCCGAGGGAAACACCCUACGUUUCGAGGGAGAUCGGGGAGGAUCUCAUAGUUGUAUAAUAUCCGUGAUGAGGGCACGGAAGAUGAUGAAGAAGGGAUGCCAUGCAUACCUUGCUUAUGUGGUGGAUGAAGCAAAGAAGGAGGUUGACAUCAACGAUGUACGUGUCGUGUGCAAAUAUCCGGAUGUCUUUCCCAAAGACUUGCCGGGGCUUCCACCCGACAGAGAGAUCGAAUUUGUGAUUGAAGUGGAGCCGGGAACCAAACCCAUUUCGAUUCCUCCUUAUCGAAUGGCACCGGCCGAGCUUCAAGAGUUGAAGGUUCAACUUCAGGAGCUAUUGGACAACGGGUUCAUUAGACCCGGUCAUUCACCGUGGGGAGCACCCGUACUCUUCGUAAAGAAGAAAGAUGGUACACUAAGAAUGUGUAUAGACUAUCGACAGCUAAACAAGGUCACAAUCAAGAACAGGUACCCUUUACCGAGGAUCGAUGACUUGUUCGAUCAACUUCGAGGGGCAACAGUAUUCUCGAAGAUUGAUUUAAGGUCAGGGUAUCAUCAGCUGAAGAUAAAGGAGAGCGACAUACCCAAGAGUGCUUUUCGCACUAGAUAUGGUCACUACGAGUUUUUGGUGAUGUCGUUUGGUCUAACCAACGCACCGGCGGCAUUCAUGGACAUGAUGAACCGUGUGUUCAGUGAAUACUUAGAUCAAUUUGUGAUAGUAUUCAUUGACGACAUUUUGAUAUACUCCAAGAGUGAAGAGGAGCAUGAAGAUCAUUUGAGUCUUGUACUUGAACGACUAAGGGAAAAACAACUCUUUGCCAAGUUCUCUAAAUGCGAGUUUUGGCUCAAAGAGAUUGGGUUUCUCGGGCAUGUCGUGUCAAGUUCGGGCAUUUCGGUGGAUAAAGCCAAGAUAGAAGCUGUUAUGAAUUGAGAGAGACCCAAAAAUGUGAAAGAGAUACGUAGUUUCCUUGGCUUAGCGGGGUACUAUCGUAAAUUUGUUGAAAAAUUUUCCGUAUUGGCGUCUCCAUUAACAAAGCUCACGAAGAAAGGGGCCAAGUUCAUAUGGGACGACAAUUGUGAGAAAGGCUUUCUUGAACUAAAGAAACGGCUUACAGAAGCACCGGUUCUCGCUCUACCCACACAAGGGAUAGGGUAUGACAUAUACAGUGAUGCUAGCAUCCAAGGGCUUGGAUGUGUACUCAUGCAGAACGGUCGGGUGAUUGCCUAUGCUUCUAGGCAAUUGAAGAAACACGAGGCGAACUACCCUACCCAUGAUCUGGAGUUGGGGGCGGUAGUGUUUGCACUAAAGAUUUGGAGACAUUAUCUCUAUGGAGAGACAUGUCACAUUUUCACCGAUCAUAAGAGCCUCAAGUAUGUAUUCACUCAGAAAGAGUUGAAUAUGAGGCAAAGGAGAUGGAUGGAGUUGAUCAAGGACUAUGACUUGAUCAUCGACUAUCAUCCCGGAAAGGCCAAUGUAGUGGCCGAUGCACUGAGCAGGAAAAGUACGUCGGGGACAUUACUCACAUGUCUACGAACUUUGAGGGCACAAGUGGAGGUGUCCACGAGUGGGGUCCUCAUUGCUAGAUUCGAGGUUAGGCCUACAUUGCUGAGUGAGAUCAGUAGAUGUCAGGCCACUGAUGAAGAAUGCCAGAAGAUCCGCGAGAGGAUCCUUGAAGGGCCCGUGGAGAACUUUCGGGUACGUGAUGACGGUCUUUUACUGUUUAAAGACCGUGUAUGCAUACCAAAGAGUGAGGAGCUCCAAAAGUCCAUACUAGAGGAGGCUCAUUCUUCGGCAUAUGCUAUGCAUCCAGGGGGUACUAAAAUGUACCGAGACUUGAAGGAAAGUUACUGGUGGUCGGGUAUGAAGAGAGACAUCGCAGAGUACGUGAGUCGAUGCCUUACUUGCCAACAAGUUAAGGCAGAGCAUCAGCACCCGGCGGGGCUUUUGCAGCCACUGACCAUUCCAGAAUGGAAGUGGGAGCAUGUUACCAUGGACUUCGUGGUGGGGCUACCACGAACAGUGAACAACUACGAUGCAGUAUGGGUAGUGGUUGAUAGGCUCACUAAGAGUGCACACUUUUUACCUAUCAACAUUACUUAUCCUCUUGAAAGAUUGGCAAAGUUAUACACGGAAGAGAUUGUGAGACUACAUGGAGUCCCGAUAUCCAUUGUCUCGGAUAGGGAUCCACGGUUCACAUCUCGAUUUUGGCCCAAGUUUCAAGCAUCUUUGGGUACUAAAUUGAAGUUUAGCACAGCUUUUCAUCCACAGACGGAUGGACAAUCUGAAAGGGUGAUACAGAUAUUGGAAGACAUGCUUAGGGCAUGUGCUCUGGAGUUCCAAGGAAGUUGGGACAAACAUUUGGCCCUAGUCGAGUUCGCCUAUAACAACAGUUAUCAGGCGAGUAUUGGUAUGCCUCCAUACGAGGCCUUGUAUGGGAGGAAAUGCAGAACACCGUUGUGUUGGGACGAGGUUGGCGAGGCCAAGCUCGAAGGGAUUGAACUUGUUGAAAUCACCAAAGCUAAGGUGAAAGUCAUUCAGGAUAGACUCAAGGCUGCCCAAGAUCGGCAGAAGAGUUAUGCCGACAAACGACGCAGGCCACUGGAGUUCGAGGUCGGUGAUAAGGUCUUCCUAAGGAUUUCUCCUUGGAAGGGUAUCAUCCGAUUUAUAUCGAGGGGAAAGCUUAACCCCAGAUACAUUGGUCCAUUUGAAAUCCUUGAAAGGAUAGGGGCUGUGGCAUACCGUCUCAAGUUGACGCCGGAACUUGAGAAGAUACACGACGUGUUUCAUGUAUCGAUGCUCAAGAAAUACGUGAGAGAUCCAUCUCAUAUUCUUGAGAAGCCACCAGUGGAGAUACGUGAAGAUCUACAAUAUGCGGUGGAACCGGUACAGAUUGUGGGUCAACAGGUGAAGAAACUGAGGAACAAGGAGAUUCCUAUGGUAAAGGUUCCUUGGAGGAGUGAUCGAGUCGAAGAAGAAACUUGGGAGACUGAGGUCUCAAUGAGGGAGCAAUACCCGUUUCUUUUCGAUUAGACACAUGGAUUUCGGGGACGAAAUCCCAAUAAGGGGGGGUGAACUUGUAACACCGUCCCCAAAAAGUAUUUACUUUUAAGUGAAUAAGGUAUUGAACCUUAUGGAAUGAUUAAUGAGUAUGCGAAGUUGUGAAUUUUUAUAAUUCUUAUUCGCGUGAAUAGUAAAUUGCAUGCGGGGCCCGCACCGGGAGCGGGGGCCGCCCGAUAUUCCCGAGACCGUAUAUUUUAUUCAUCUUGAUCAAUGUAAUAUUUAUAUAGUGGUGGAUAAUUUAUUUGGUCCAAAGAAAUGAUAUAGAGUUGACCGGUUGAUCAAAAAGGCCAAAAUACUGGUACUGGUAAUUUAACAGAUGAAAGCCAGAAAUGAAUUUCGGGAACUUAUAAAUUAAAGUUGGGGAAUGUAUAUUCAUUAUAAGGGUCAUAAUGAUUGGAAACACAUAAUAUAUUUUAUUUCACUCGAUGAGAUAAAAUAUAUUUAUAACUGUCCGAAAAAUACAACUUUCGGGACAAAUUGUACACCUCGGGACAAAAAGGGUUGACCUCCCACAUGGGUGGGGGCCAACCCACGAAUUUAGGCUCAUUUUCUCAAGCCUUGGUCGGCUGGGAUGAUGGAGGAGCAUGAGUGAGGUGUGUGAUGUGAAUGGAAAAGAAUCAAACAAAAUAAAGGGUGGGUCUCUCCCCCACACCACUCAUUCUAUUGAGACAAAAGAGGAUACUCACCCCCUUCCCUCUUCACCACUCGGCCACACCCUCAAGGGAAGGAGAAAAUCCCAGAAAAAUAGCAUCUUCCAUAGCCAAGGACAAGCUCAAGCUCAAGGAGGUCCAAAGGAAAGGUUUAGGGGAGGAAAAACUAGGUGGAUUAAGGAACUUGAUUAAAGUAUUUUUGAGCUUCGCCGGAGUUUUCGCCGGAGAUGGUCAAAGUUCGCCGGAGUUGGUCAAAGUUCACCGGAAAUUAGUCAAAGUUCAACCGGGGAGCGUAGAACGCGCGUGAGCUCACUUAAGUUUCAGGUAGGAGCUGAGCUUGCUACCAGUGCCCGUUGCUCCGGGUGAAUUCAAGGAAGGAAGACGUGGUUCGUGCUUCCUCCGUUCCUGUUUUAAAAACAUUUAAAUUAAUGCUCAUGGAUAUUACAUUUUGAAUAAUCAUUUGGGGGCUUGUAUGCCCAUGUUUGCCAAAGUGUGGCACGAACACUUGUAUUAAAUGUUUCCGCUGUUUUGAAUGAAUAUUUUACAUUAUGUUUGUUUAUGGAUGUACUAUGUGUGAAUGAUAUUCCAGACGCCUUGUAUAGUAUGGAUGUGUUGGACUGCGGUUGACUAUUCGUACUGUACGGCGGAUUGUUGACGUGUCCGGUUAGGACCGGGGCGUGACAUCUUAACC